UAUAGAGAAAAAACGCAUGCGAAAUCAGAUAGAUUUGAGAAAAAUCAUCUGCAAAAUUAGUAGACGGCUCUUGCAUUGAACUUGCGAAAGCUAAAGGCAAUAAAUAUGAGUUUGAAAAUGGAGGAACCAGCGAUUCAAGAAUAGAAAUUUGCCUUGAAUGAGAAGAAAUCGUGAAACUAGAAAGUUAAAGGACCACAAUGGCAUAAUUGUACCACAACAGCAUAAUUGUCUCUGAAAAUGGAGGAGAUCAAGUUCUUAAAAUCGAGAUCAGUAAAACCUCCGAUGAAAAUAGAGGAAUUCAUGGAACCAGAGAAUCGAGAUUCAGGUCACUGCAAAUGCCUCCAAAAAAAGGGGAACUCGUCGAAAUACAGCCCUCAUCGUUAAUGUGUCUCUAAACUUAGAGGAGCUAGCUAGAAUACAAAAUAGCACGUCAAGAAUCAGAUAGAGCAAUGUCCUCUAAAUUUAGAGCUUCUAAAGAUCCACAAUUUAGACCAGAGAUAUAGCUUUAAUCCCUCUGCAAAUGGAGGAAUUCGUUGAAUCAAGCGAGGAAACAACCUGUAACAGAGGCCACAGGGCCUCUGUUUCGUUGGAAACGGAGGGAGGAGGAAGGAUUUGCCUAUCUUGUUUCUCAAACCUAAUCUCUGAUCCCUUUUCCCCUUCAAUUCAUGUUUCUUAUGCUCUUUCUCAGCUCUCUAUAGCCAUGGCCGAUCAGAAAUUUCGCUUUAAUCUUCUGCAGUUUCAUGCCUAUUUCAUCUCUGCUCCUCUGGUUUGUGCCCUAUCAACUCGAGCUGAUGAAUCGAUAGCUCAGCAAAUCGCCGAUUUGAUUGCCGAUCUUUGCUCUGAAAAUGCGGCGAUUAGUGGUGAAUUUUUUGCUCGAAUUGCCGAUCUUUUAUCUUCCCGUGGAUUAUCGUGGAGCCGGAGCCAAAUCUACACACUCCAUUGCUUUGGUAUCCUCCUUGAUCAUCAACAGCCUGAUAAUGGAACAACCAACUUUGAUAACAAAGAAAACCUCAUUGCAAACCUUAUAGAUGGACUUCAGCUACCCAGUGAUGAGAUUCGAGGAGAACUCACAUUUGUACUAUACAAGCUAUCAAUCUUGGAAGAUCCAGAGAGCAAUGAAUUCUUAUUUUUCUGCCCCAGAUUGUUGUAUCUUACUCUAGAAGCUCUAUUGAAGACCCAAAACGAUGAUGUUAGAACUAAUUGCUUGGCUUUAUUGACAGUGUUAGCUCAAAAGGGGUAUUUUGAUAGUUCAUUUCGAGAUAGUCUCAUUGGUAGUUCAUCAGAAGCAUGUAACUUCUCACAAACUUCAGAGCAUGCUUCUGAUACAGCUCUAGUAGACUUAUUUGUAGAUGCAAUUAAAGGCCCAUUGUUGUCCUCAGAGAUGCAAGUACAGAUCAGUGCUCUGAAUUUGAUCUUUCAUUCCCUAUUAUCAGAAUCUGGUCUGGUAAAACAAUCUGGUAUCCUUGUCGAAGAAGGUGUUAGCGACUAUGUAUUUGAGAUCUUGCGAUUGUCAGAAAAUAGAGAUCCUCUCAUUGUUUCUUGCAUUCGAGUUCUGGAUCUUUUGGCAAAUGCAGAGGAGACCUUCAGGCAAAAGCUUGCAGUAGGAUUUGUUACUCUGGUUCGUGUUCUCCGAUAUAUAUCAGAAAUACCUCUUCAUCCUGUUCAAGCUCAGGUUGUAAAGCUAGUAUGGAAAGCCAUCUCCAGUUUCCCUGGAAUCAUUUCAAAAUCUCAAGCAGAGGAGCUUAUGUCGAUCUUGACGAGUAUGCUGAAAGGGCAUACUGGUGGAGAAUCAGGCCCCUUCACUGAAACCUUCACCAUGGCCUGCUCAGCUUUUGUAUCCCUCUUGAAAACACCCUCUUCUCAUGCUGUACCAGGUUUACAAGAGACCAUCCAUGAAGCUGUGAAAAAUUCAGUUAUAUCUUGCUUGUCUAUACCCUGUAGAAAUGGAAAUGAAGAGCUGCUAUACUCUCUAUAUUUUUUGAAAGAAGCAUUUGCAUACUGUUGUGAGGAGGGUCGCGAUUCAAACUCGGAUAGCUCUGGAUUAUCUGACGCCUUAAUAGAUUUAUGUGAAACACAUAUAUUGCCUCACGUAAGAAGAAUAUUCAAUGAAGUAGAAGACGAGAACACAUUUCUUGGUGUAUUAGAAGUAUUUCAUUCAAUAAUACUUAGGAGGUCUGAUCACAGAGUGAGAAAAUUUACAGAGACUUUGGUUUCUUCUUCCUGGUUCAGCCUGUCCUUUGGAUGCUUGGGUUUGUUCCCGACACCCCAAAUGAAAGAACGAGUAUUUUUGAUGCUCAGUUUGAUUAUCAAAACAGUUUUGGGGUGGGACAUUGGACAUUCUAUAGCAGAAGCUUACUUGGAUUUACCAUCAGACCCCAUGGAGUUGCUUUUUCUUUUAGGACAGAAGAGUUCUCAUGAUUCUGCCCUUCUUUCAUGUCAAUCUGCAAUUCUUUCCAUAUUAUACACCAGCUCAUUGUAUAAUGAAAGGCUUGCAGAUGAGAACCAGAUUCUGGCUUCACUAGAGCAGUAUAUUCUCGUGAAUAUUUCCAAUUUAUCUUGUGGUUUGGCUGAUUCUAUCAUCUUAACACAACUGGUGCACCUAUAUUCUCUAUAUAGAGGCUUCCUGAUGAACUCUCAAAUACCAUUCAGCAUGGAAGCAGAGAAGCUCCUAUUCCAUUUAAUCGCUGAAGGAGGUUGGGAUAUGCUUUCUUUGAGAAUACAUAAAACAGCUCUGAAAUGGUUGUUUCAGCAGGAUGAGAUAAGUGGCCCCAUGUCUAAUCAAAUCCUUUCUUUUUGUAAAUAUAUGUUCUCGGAAAAAAACCAAUUAAAAGACCCUAGAAGUGACAGGCAAGUGUUGGAUACCAAUGUUCUUGCGGAGAUAGUAGUAGGAGGAGACAAUAAUGGGGCAUCUUUGCUUGUUUCUCUAUUGAAACAACUGCAAGAAGCAUGCUGUGAGGAUGAUAGUGCAGCUUUAAUGGAUCUCAUCUUAGUGGUACUAAACAUCUUUCCUGAUUCUUCAAACCUUUUUUGCUCGUAUGGUCUCUCCAAAACCAUUAAGUAUGUAUACCAUUCAAAACCAGAAUCUCCCAGAACCUUAAGAAUCUGCUCGCUAUUGGUCUUCAAUAUUUUGCGCUUUGUGGAUACUCAAAGCCUCUCAAAUCAUGAAUCAUGGCUAGCAAUAACUCUGAAGGUUCUGGACUUUUUAAUUCCUACGUUGGCAACUAACACCUGCAAUCAUGAAGGGCAUCUCCUAAUUGCCAUCCUCUCUCUGAUGUUAUAUCGUUCCACUGAUCAGGUACUUUUAGAAGCAUCUAAAGCAAUUCUCCUUAACACUUCACUGGGUUCAGCCCUUCAUAUCAUCAUACAAGCAGCAUGUGAAAAGGGUCCUGCUCUAGCUGACCAAGAUAAAGAGACAAGCUCUGGUGAAACCUUAAAUUCAGUGCUCUUGUUCUACUUCUUCGUACUAAGAAGCCUGGGAGGUCUUUUACAGGAACAAAUAGAUUGGCACGACUUCCUGCAAUCUUCUCAAGAAUCGCAAAAGCUUUCAGUGAUAUCUGUUCGAUGCCAUGAUCUAUGCAGGCUUAUACAUUUUGGGUCCUCUUCCACUAAGCUGAUUGCUUCUUCUUGCCUCUUAGAGUUGCUCACCAAUACAUCCAGUCAGAGGAAUCGUACAACUAAUGAGAGAAAUUGCUCUGUUGGGUAUAUACAAUCUGUGAUGGCAGUGCUCGAAGGCCUGGUUUUCCAUGAGGAUGUCAAUAUCUCAAUGAGUUGCAGUCUCUGUUUGUCUAUACUAUUGGGAUGGGAAAAGUUUGGGCCAAAUGAGAAGAGAGCAGUCCACGAAGAUAAAUGGUGCAGGUUUUUAAUGGAGGAAUUGGCCUUGUCACUGGCAGCUCCAAGCAUGGCUUCAAGGUCUCUUAUGAACCAGCACAGGCCUUUGGCUCACUUAGCCAUUGCUCUUCUGAGACUGGAAAGGGUUCCCACUUGGAUGAAGUCUGUGUUCGAGGCCGUUUCUCUCUCUGGAAUAAUCAGCAACCUUUCUGCUAGCAAAGUGACUGUAGAGAUGGUGCUUUUGUUUCAAGAGCUUUUGAGGUGUGGAUAUCUUACCGCAGAACAGAUAAGGGGCCUACACAGUGUGUUUCAGGUGUGCAGGAAACAUGCAUACAUGCUCAAUACCCAAGACAAGCACACCGAAGACAAGGUGGGCAAUGUGAUAUGCAUUCCUAAGGAUUUAUGCCAUUGUUUGCUUCAGCUUGCCAAUCUCUACUCAGUAGUGAAUGGCAAAGGGAAAUCAGAAUCACCGACUCUUCCUGAUAGCAUCGGGUUGUGCUACAUCCACAGAAACAAAGUCUUUCUCUCUAAUGAGCUAAGGAUUGCAUACAGCCCAAGAGGGAAUUUUAGUCUCCGUGAUUUCCAUCAUGCCGUGAACAGCAUGCCAGCUGAUUGCUUCCUACCUGAACAGAUGACUUCUGCAAUGCUAGAAUCUAGUGCUCAAAUAUCGACUCUAAUAGGGUUCCUGAGUACAGAAGGUUUGUAUUCUUGGGGUACUAAAGGCAUCCAGAGGAAACUGAUUCUAAUCAGCACCUUCUUUACUGAAAGCAUCUCGGCUUCACGAGAAAUGUUAAUGGAUGCAGCAGAUAAUUGCAUUACCAUUGAGUUUCUAAUGAUAGAAUCAGAAGCAAUCCUACUUGAUAAAGUCCCUCAUGCAGGGGUGUUCUCAAGGAAUAUCAAGGAAAUUGUUGACGAUAUCUCUGAUCUGGAAAAUUGCUCGUUUCGCCGUUGCUCGUGGGAUAAGUGGUCUUUUUGUGGCCUUGCCAAAAGAUUGUUGCAAGAGCUCCUGGACUAUUUUGAAGAGCCCUUGCAGGCUGUCUUUCGUUUCAAGAACGGUCUAGCAGAGUCCAUAAAUCAGAUUUCUUGCAACCUUUUUGCUUCAGCUAUUAAUAUAAUCGAUGGAUUCAAUCCUUGCCAGACAUGCAGAUGCCAUGGCCUGCUCAUUGAGGAUGUGGGUGGUCAUAAGAAGAAACACCCUUGUCCAGCCACAAACCAAGAACUUGCUAUCUGUGAUGUUCUGGAAAAUGCCGUUAAGAUUGGAGAACAAACAGUUCUGUUUCUUCCAUCAUUUCAAAGUCUUGCUAAGCUUCAACAAUCCUCUAACCCCAUCAUAUUUGAUGUCACUGAACUUACUAAUCUGGCUUCUUUGAGUGAAGGUGUCAUAUUGGGAAUUCCAUACAUUGUAACCCCCUCAUCCCCUCAUGACAUCGAGUCUGCCACAGAUGAAAGUGAUAACAAAUUAGAACUUAAUCUACAGCUUUUUGCUGGUAUUUGCCAAACAUUAUAUUCACUGGACCAAGGAUUAGUAUGCACUUCACACUGCAAUACUGAGACUCUGAGGGAAGCUACAUUUCCAUGCUUUUAUCUUCUACAACCUUCAGACAAAGGGCCAAUGCUUCUCAGAAGAAUUGCUGGAUCAGAAGAAAUUUUGCCUAUUCCUGAUGCUGAAAUAACCUCUGAUUCCGGUGCACCAGUGGAGAUGAAGAGGUCCAUAGAGGCCAGCUUCUCAAGGAUGGAAAUAAGAGAUUACAAUCCACUGUGCCAUGAGCGAGGCUUUCACUCCAGAGUCAAUGGGCUUGUAAACGAAAGUUUACAAUUUGGAUCGAUACCUCCAAUUGACAGCCAACUGGGUUCUAAACUCAGUGCCCGCAUAUCACUCCCAUCUAAACAUAAGAUCAUAUCAUCUGAAAGUGAAGAAACAAAUGAGUUCUCUCCUACACAAAAGAUCAAGGUAAUGGAAAAAGCAGAAAGCCAGGAACUAUUUUCUCAAACCCAACCAUACAAUGUUAAUGAAACCACAGCCAUUUCUGAAGAAUGGGAGCAGCUUAUUGUUGAUGACAACAGUUUUAGUGUACUUUCUCCUUUCCAAUCAUCAAAGGCUGGGAACGCAAUAGAGUUAACAAGCAAGCCUUUGGAUGAGAAAACAUCAAGUAUACUCGAAAGGCUUGAGCCCCCAAGGCUACAAAAGCUAAGAAAGUCACCAAUCAUAGUCGACUCCGGUUCGAAAAAGUCACCAAUUAUACUUGACUCUGGUUCGAAUAAGCCGCCUAUUAUAGUCAACUCUGGUUUGAAAAAAUCACCUGUUAUAGUUGACUCUGCUUCCAAAAUGGCACCAAUCAUACUCAACUCUGGUUCAAAAAUCCAGGCUCUUGCAAAGAAGCCGCUGGUUCCAUUUCAGCAUAGUCAAGAAGCAGUUUUAAGUUUGAGCCAACCUAUUAAGCCCAAUUUCCAGAGAACAAAGAGAAAGCUGAGAUGAGUGGCUGAAUUGUUUGCUUUCUCAGAGCUUCAAGCUGGUAAGACUCCAAAAGCCAUUGUUUGCUUUCUCAGUCUUUUGGUUCUAUGCUAUAACUGAAACUUCCAUUUUCUAUCGAAAAGAAGAAAAUAAUAUGGUGCUUAGUGUGGUC